CAUCAACAAGGAUGCUCCAACAACGGAUGGUGCUUCUACGCCCUCGGCGUGCCAGGGCAAUAGAAGGGACUCUUUCAUCAAUUCGUCGGUUUUCGGCUACGUAUUUACAAGCAAAAGAUUCCAACAAUCACUCCAAUGCGAAUGCAACCGAGGGUUCCGCAGCCUCUUCCGCCGCCGGACGUCCCAGUGCGCAAACCAGAAGAAACAACAUUCCGCCGGCGAACCUGAACAUUCGGAGCGUCAACCAAGAACGACCUCGUCCCCGACGGAUAGUAGAUGCGAGAUCUCUCGCCGCCUCUCAAGCCACUGGCCAACCAGCAAACAUCCUUAAGAAUCCCAGGGCUCGCAAUCCUCGAGGCAACCGAUCCACCGCUUCUCGGGGCCCUAGAGCUGGGCCAAAGAAGAAGGUUCAAUCUAAAGAUGGGCGAGCAGGCCGUUCUCGACGCACCGAGGGGUCCGGCCAGGAAGAUUCAACAUCCAAUUCAGCAUUCCAUGAAGCCUCAAUCAACGCUGUCUUCCGAGAGCUCGCAGAACAAGCGGCGCCCAAGCCUGUCCAGUACAAUCCCGAGUCGAUCUCCUUAGCUUCACUGAAGGAAACAUGGCCAUCUCUACCCACCGACAUUGACGCUCAUACUGCCGGAGUCGUUGAGAAGUUGUCUCUAUUCGGCGAUCGCUACGCAAAUGAUUAUGUACCUCCAAAUGAGCUGGGCAAGCGACUUUAUCAGGGCAAAUUUGUCCGCUUUUCGAGUGAAGAGGAAAAAGCUGAGGCCAUCUCUGAAGCGAACAAGCUAUCGCAAGAACGCGCAGACAAGUUGUCCCAGCGAAAAGGCGAUCUUGUGGAACCACGUCAUGUCAACUUCAGUCCACUCAACACCAAGGACCAAGGCUCACUUCUUGGACUUCUUGUUCAGGGCAAUUAUCCUAAGUCUAAAGCCAAACAGGCGGACAACCUCUCAAUCGUUGACAGUGUCUCUGAAAACCUCAGAAACAAUGCAACGUAUCACACAGUCGGCAAAUCCUCUGCGUUCAUUGCGAAGUUGGACUCGCUUUUAGCCGCCAGUCGCAUGACAAAACGCCCCUGAGAACCUUGUUUUCUGAUACCAUCAGUAUCCUUACUAUGUACCUAUACUUUUGCAGCUUUUCAUGAUCCCUUGUUAUCUUUGUCAUUGUUUACAUUUAUGCCUUGCAAGUGACUGUAGAAUACAUUACUCUCUGAAAUAAGUUACAGAACUCGUGUUCAUAUCACCAUUUGAGUUCACUCAAAGCUGGUCUUUCAGCAGUGUAUUUCCUCAUUACGCCCGCUCCAUAGCCUUCCUUGUAGCCUCAAACAGUUCCUUCACUUCCUUCUGACCUUUCUCUGCAAGCUUUUCCAUCUGUUCUUGGGCCUUCCGAACGUCAUCUGGCCUGGCAAUCUUCUUUUUCUGCAAAUCCUGAAGACGUUUAUGUACAGCACUGCGUGAAUCACGGACGGCACCGGCAGCUUUCUCCAUUGCCGCCUUUGCCAGAGCGAUCGUUUGAUCCCGAGACUCUUUAGUCGGUGGGGGGAUCGUGACGUUGAGCUGAAGAG